GGCGGCGCAGUGGGUGGGAGGGGCAAGUGUAGGCGGAUAUGUGUUGACUGCGCGUACGUAGGGGCCGGCUCGAGAUUGGUUACCGAAGCCGCCACCCGUGAGGCGUCCAGUGUUGCUGAUAAGCCGUUGUUGCUGCCCUAUCGCGGUGCUCGUUUGGAAUGGAUUUUUUUCCUGUCGCGCGACGACCCAAUCAAGACGCGCACUCUGCUGAAAAGUCCCGACGGUGCCGUCGUUGCUGCCAACCCAAGCGAGGACUGCGCAAGUGGGCUGGUGUGUGCGGAUGCACAGUAGGGUUCGUUGGAUGCCUGCACUGCUGGUUCCGCUGCGCUGACCAGGAGACUGGGCGAAAGAGCGGAUUCUACCCGCAGACGAUGCGGUGCCGGUGGAGAGCGCUGCAAAAAAGACGGCAGCUCGCAGGACACAGCUAUCAGCGAUGGUGGUAAUAGUGCAAGUAAAGCUUGGAUGAGGCUCGGUCGUUGGCGGAUUAUGCGGCUGCCAGCUCGUCGACCUGGCGAGCGCGCAGUCGCAGAGCGUG